ACAAAAACUAAAAGCGCCGCCGACGUCGUUUGUGACUGCUCAACGUCCGCAUCAUGCCACUCGCCCUGCAUGACAUCUCGGGUCUCGACUUCGCCUCGCCCCAUUCUCACAAUGGAUUCUGAUGGUCUGUGGAGGGAUGCUUCAUCUGGAGCCCGCGGGUUUUCGUUGUGCCUUGUGGAUGCCGAAAAUAACCCGCCGGGCAGCUGCAUGCACUCUGCACGGUGACGGUCCAUAUGCAGUCUCCCAGUGGCUCAUCUGCUGGCCAUGUCGUGUGUACCUGACGGCGGACGCUCUGCCGUUCUUGCUGCGCUGGAUACAUUGGAUUGUGCCGCGGCUACCUUCGCCUACUGCUGCCUGUUCUCGUGGUCUGUGACCGUGGAUCAACUGUCUCAAAAUUGCAAUCGUUUCUACGGAGCACUAUUUUAAUUUCUCUCUGGAUGGAUCACAUCCCACGGGCACCCUGACGAUCGUUAGUCGUCGACCAGGCCGAGCUCAAUCGAUAAUUAUUACUUCCCGGCUCCCGGCCAUUCGAAGAGGUGAUAUUAUCGAACCCACAACCACAAUGCCGAAGGUGGAGAAUCCCACCGCCCCAAAGUCCCUGAGACGAUGAAGGACCCUACGAACCGUUACUCGACCCGGCUAGGUCCCCGUUCUGGAGACGGAAUCUCUGCGAUGGAGGUCUGAUGUUUCUCUUCAGCGGUGUUUUUCUUUUUUUUUUUCUCCAUCGGCUUCCGGCGCCGGGUCCUGUGAUGUGAGUAAUAGAUGGGGAACUCCGGGUAUAUUAUUUUGUCUGGCCCCAAUGGAGGGUCAAACGGCUUUCUUUUCUAUAAUUGUUAUCUGUUCCUUGUUCGUCCCAUCGCAGUUUCAGGGCACGAGACAUUCCCUCCUUCAUGCAGCAUAUCCCUCCUUGAACGAACCUAUAGACGGGCUUUUUGUAGCUGAAGCUCGACUAAGCUCAACUCUAUCUGAACUUUCUUUAAACACUAAGAAAAAAAGUACUUAUCGGAAACUCUCGUUAUCAUUGGUUCCAUCGACGAUCCUUACAUGUUCGACUCAAUCGUUUCUGCUGUCCUUGCCGUCCGUCCGGGUUGAUUCAAGCCUCACAUCACCAGCAUGGAGGAACUAGAACUGGGAUUGGGCUUGAUGCCCCGAAGCAAUGAUGGAUAUGGCCCGUAUCGAGGACACGCUGCGCUGGUCACCACGGCAGUCCUGACGAGUAUAUCGGGCUUCAUCGUCGUGUUGCGUUUAUUCACAAGAUCUCUGCUGGUCAAGUACAUUGGCCGCGAAGACUGGAUUAUUAUAGCCGCUCUGGCAUGCUCCUUCGUAUACCUAGGAUUAACCGUCAGCGAAGUCCAUUUCGGACUCGGAUACCAUUCAUAUAACCUCCCUCAUGAAGAGCUUGGGCAACAGCUGAAGCGCCUCUGGUCAUCAUUCCCCUUCUACAACGCCAGUUUAUCCUUCACCCGAUUCUCCAUCCUCUUUCAAUACCUCCGCAUCUUCCCCAACCACUCCUUCCGUCUGGCCUGCUUCAUAGUCAUGGGUAUCGUGGGAUCCUUUUCCAUCUGGACCAUCGUGAGCGGCUUCCUGCACUGCAAUCCUAUCUCCGACUUCUGGACCGAAUCCGACCCGGGCUAUUGUCUCAGUUUCGAGGGCGUGUGGGUGUUCAACUCUGUCAUGAACAUCGUGACGGAUCUGAUUCUGCUCGCGUUGCCGAUGUAUCCGCUCGCGCAGCUGCAGCUGCCCAAGCCGCAGAAGAUCGGCUUGAUGCUUAUGUUUUCCAUGGGUGGAUUGGUGGUAAUCAUCAGCGCCAUCCGUGUAUACAGCAUCUACGACCUUGGAAGACGCACAGACAUGUCUUGGGACAGCGCCAUCAGCACCUGCUGGACAGCAGCAGAAUGCAACGCAGCCAUCAUCUGCGCCUGCCUCCCCCCCCCUCCGCCCACUAAUCAGCCACCUCUUCCCCAAGAUUCUCUCCACCGACUCGGCCCUGCACAAAGAGCAGAAGAAAGCCGCCGCCUCCAUGCCGGACGUCGAGGAGAUCUACCGCCCGGAAAGACGGUUCUACGACUUCGAUUACGAUCUGGCUCUGGCCAACGUCAAGACGACAGACUCGACCGCGAGACCGUUCGGUGGUAUCGAGGUCACCACAGAAGUGGUGACGGAGUUCCACCAGGCCGAAGAAAGUGGGCGUCCGAACGAAAGUCGGUCCGCUAUGGAGACGGAGAGUGAGAGGAGGUUGAUCGUUCGGUGAUAUGUAUAUUGUAUAUAAUGUAACGAUGAUAUGACUAAAAUAAAAAAGGAAUUUUAUGUGAC